CAGAGUCAGAUCUAGAGUAACUAUUUGGAACGUACCACCGAGUUAGUCAAAAUAGUGUUUAAACGUAGGUGUUUUUUAACGAAUUCCUUUAUUAUAUUCAGUUCAUUCACAUUAUGUUUACUUUAUUAAUAAGACGAGUAAUUAUUUUAUUAAAUUUUGACUAAUUGAUGGAAAAAGCAUAUGUUGUUUUGGUUUGGUAUAUUUCGUUUAGUUUGUUUGUUGUCUAGUAUGGUUGGUCGGCCAUCGAAGGUGUGGAUAUCAUAAAUUUUUGGGACUUUGUGUAUGUACGAAUUUAAAUAACUAAACUUACUCAUUCGUAUUAAAAAAUACCUUAAUUGCUUCAACAUUUAAUACAUUUUAGUUCGAGGUAACAUUUUUCAAUAUACGGUUAAGAGUUUCUACAAAAACUGAAAAUAACUGCACAGACAACAGACUGGAAAGUCCCAAAUCGUAGUGACGCAACAAAUAACCUCCAUUUCUUUUUGUGAUAAGUGAUCGCCUUAUAUUCUACAAUCGAUUUUAAUUUAAAAUUUAAGUGUGCUAUUAUUUUUAGUGGAUUAUUACUGUAGAAUCACGCCAGAUAUAGUUUAUUUUGAUGGACUUUAGCUUCCAAAUUUGUAACGCCAUCUGCGUUAUUAAACCGUUGUCAGUCGUAAAUGGCUAACUUAUCCAAUCCAAGCGAUCGGUGGUAUUUUACUAAAGAACAAUUAGAGGGUACUCCAUCCAGAAAAUGCGGUUUCGAUUCCCACAAAGAACUUUCCAACCGACAGCAAGCUGCCAAUUUCAUCCAGGACAUGGGCCAGAGGCUCAAAGUGUCACAACUAUGCAUCAACACGGCUAUAGUAUACAUGCACCGUUUUUACGUAUUCCAUUCGUUUACUCAUUUUCCAUGGCUCCAGAUGGCCGCGGCGGCUCUAUUCCUUGCCGCUAAAGUCGAGGAGCAACCUAGGAAAUUAGAGUACGUCAUUAGGGUGGCCAAUAUGUGCAAGAACGUCAGGGACACAAACAUAGAUGUGACUUCCGAAAGGUACAUAAGUCAAUCUCAGGAUCUAGUUUUCAAUGAAAAUGUUUUACUACAAACAUUGGGGUUUGACGUGGCCAUCGAUCAUCCCCAUACCCAUGUAGUUAGGUGUUGUCAUCUCGUCAGGGCCAGUAAAGAUUUAGCUCAAACGUCUUAUUUCAUGGCCAGCAAUAGCCUGCACUUAACGACGAUGUGUAUCCAAUACAAACCGACUGUGGUGGCGUGUUUUUGCAUCUUGGUGGCGUGCAAGUGGUCCAAUUGGGAGAUUCCUUUGUCCAACGAAAAGAAAGAAUGGUACUCUUACGUAGAUCCGACAGUAACGGCGGAACUCUUGCAACAAUUGACAGAGGAAUUUCUGGUGAUAUUCGAAAAAUGCCCAUCGAGGUUGAAAGAGAAAAUUAUGGCGAUAGCCGAUAACGUGAAUCACAUUCCUAAUCUUCAUAUUAACUCGCCAUUCGAUACUGAUCCGAAGAAGAUCGUUAGCAAGGACGACAAGGAUGGUCAUUCACAUCGAUCUUCAUCUGGUAUGGACGAUCCUCACAAGCACCGUUCGUCUCGUCCACACGAAAUGAGCGGUCAACACCAACGGGACAAAGAACGGGAGCGCAGUAAUCGCGAAAGACUAUCGCACCAGCAAAAAUCCAUCAUGGGCAGCUCUGGAAGCGGUACCUUAGGCAGCAGUAAUAGUGGUCAAAUUAAAUCUUCGUCGCACGGCGGCCAUCAUCGGCCGCCGAUCGAUUCCAAGAUGAAACCGCCCUCUAGACCACCGCCCAUGGCCUACCCCCAACCAAAAGACAUUCUCAGAGAAGCUGCCACCAGAGAUUCGCCGUUUGGGUUGGCCAGAGAUGCUACCCGGGAGUACCCGAAGGAUCCGCAUCUGGCUCGUUCCGAAAAGGAAUUAAAUAAACGCGAUUAUCUCAUGAAAAACAAUCAAACAAAUCAAAACGAAGGAAACAGUGCUAAUUACGAUCAUAGGAUGAGUUACAAUGAUAAGUUGAAAUACGAAAAACCUAGACUGGAUCCGAACGGCCGACCCAGGAUCGAUCCUACCAAAACCGCGACUGCGCCACCAUCUAAUCGCGACGAAUCUAAAUCUCACUUAGAAAACAUUAAAAAACAUUUGAACGCCGGUACGCAUGAUAAAAACGGCGGCCAUCCUAAACCGACGUCCAACCAUCACGACAUGUUGAAAUCCGUCCCGAAACAAACAGUUUCUCCCGCCGUGGCGCCCGUCAAAGGGACCCACUCGAACAGUUACGCCCCGCCCGCGAACAGUGACGUUAAAGUGAAACCGGAACCGGUAACCGUGAAAGAGGAAGUGCAGAUACCGCCUGUGAUUAAAAGACCUAGUUUGUUUAGUCCGGAAAAGUCGCCGCCUCAUAAACAUUCUAUGCCCAACACUCCAGACAUUGGUCUGUUAUCGCCUUUAAUAUCUCCAAUCGAGACGAAGCGGGAGAGGAACUAUUCUAGUAGCUCCGAACCGGAACUGAGGCCGGUCAUGAAGAAGAUCGAUCAGGUGGAGGGGUUCGAGAAUGUGAUAAGGGAUAGUACGAUAGGUAUAACGAAAAUUGAUCAGUCGCCUGAUGUCGUGGGGAAGGUUAAAACGGAAAUCUUCAGUCCUACUUCGGUCAAGAGCGAACCGAUCACUCCAAAGGAACUUAAAACCGAAACGGUCAGUCCUAGGGAGGUCAAACAGGAGGCUGUGAAUAGUAAUGGGGAUAUUAAGGCCAGUAGUAGCAGUAAUACAAACAAUAAUAGGUCUUCCACUAUAAACGGUUUGGAAAGUACGGAUCCAAUAGUAAUCAGCAACUUACUAAAAGAAGCUUCUACGAUAUCCCAUUUGGGCGCCACCCUGGCCCCUGAACCUGUCCCCUCACAAGACCAAACCGACAAAAGCCUUAACCACUACCACCACAAAAGCAAAAAGAAGAAUAAAGACAAGCACAAACACAAAGACAAAAACCGGGAGGACAAGGAGAAGAAAAAGAAACACAAAGACAAGGACCGUGAAAAACACAAACACAAAGAUAAGACUGCAGUAGACGUUCCUCCUCCCCCUGUAGAAUCCCUCAAAAUUAUUAUACCUAAAGAUAAGAUUAUUCAUGUGGAAAGUAGCCAACCACUCCAAAGUCAAGGACUCAAAAUCAAGAUCCCCAAGAACAAGAUCGAUAAUAUUUCGGAGUUGUCCCAAAGCAGCGCACAACAACAACUGCAUCCGCCUGUAGGGAUCAAAUUGAAGAUCCCCAAGGAGAUGUUCAACAAUUGUGUCAAUCUGGACAGUGGUGUCGGCAAGAAGCGGGACAGGGAGAGAAGCUCCCCUUCGGAAGGCCCGCCCAGCAAGAUGCACAAGUCCAGUAUUAAAGAGUCCAAAACCAACGGGAAAUACUCCAAUAGUCAUAAGGUGGAUGGCGAUACGUCAGUACACAGGUUGGCCGAAUCUAAGUAUAUAUACAAGACUUCGACGUCCUAGUUAAGUAACUUGAUAAUUUUCAAGAUGUUCUAUUUUUUCGAACACCGUGUAUACGAAGUAGAAAUACAGAAUCUGGGUUUUUAUUUCGUUUUUAUAACUUUUUAUUAUUCAUAUCGUCUUAGUAGCGUUUGUUUUUAGACCAGUCGCGUCUUAGAAUGACAUAAUUUUAUCAGUAAAAUGUACGGACAAGAUGAUUUGAACGGAAGUGAUUUAAAGCAAGAAAAAAACCAAAUUCGGUGAAAACGUCCACAGAUACCUAAAGAGUAUUUUAAUCGUUUUUGUUUAGUAUUUUAGUAAAAUUACUGUCAUAAUAACGUGAAAAUAUUUGAAACACUAGUGUAAAAAUAAUAAAACAUUUGAAACUGGUACUACUGUCAAAAUGUCAGGGAAACAUUUGAAAUCUGUCUAGCAUUCUAAGCCUUAUAUGAAUUUAAUUAGUUCCCAGAAAUAUAUAAAAAUCCACAUUAUUUAGGUCUGAACAAUGAAGAUGUGGCAGGACCCCAAACUUCAUAUUAGCGACGUCAUCGUGGCAACAUUUCAUGUGUGAUCCAAUGAGCAUGGUUAAUUCAAUUUGGUGUUUUUUUUGCACUGUAUCAGUUAUCACUUCUGUUCAAAUUGAGAUAUAUUAUGACAUUUUCAUUUGCUAAACGAGGGUAUAUUCGGUUGUCCGUUCAGAUUAAGUCGAAAAAUGUAUAGAAAUUUAUUUAGGACAAAAAAAGAUAAAGCUUAGUUUCUGUAGUUGUUCUUCGCAAGUUAAAGCAAUGUUUUUUUUAUACCUAAAAAAGUAGAUUAUCUUUUUUGCUUGUAAAUUAUGAUGCAUAUACUAAUAAUACGGGUAUUUAUUUAUUAAACAAUUCCAGG